AUGGGCCCCAGCUCACCAUCCCCCGUCCGCCCCCCAAUGGCCUUUGCCCAACACUCCCUCGGCAGCACCGCCUCAUUCGUCGGCAUCCUCAAAGCGGCAGCCCUCAGCGACCUCGAAAACCCAGACUUCUAUCCCUCAUCACAGACACCCGACAAGAAAUCUCCCAUGGCACUCCAAAAAUCAGCCCACAAGGGGAAACUAAUUGAGCCUGACAGUGAAGAGGAUGACGAAGACGACGACGAGGACACGGCAGAAGAAGAAGACGACGAUGACGACGACGACGGCGAGAGUGCUCAAGACGACCUUGUUGACACGCCCCCAGAAACAUCGCCUCGGUUCAACUCCUUCCGCGGGCCAUCCCAACUCGGCUAUCCAAGCCCAAAAGCACUCCAGGGCCUAGCCUGCGAACUGAUCAACCAGCAGAAGCGCGUCGCAGACCUGGCAGUACGCAAGGGGAUCAACUCCACCACAUUCACUCCUGAGCCUUCCUCCCAUCGAUCGUCCCUGAACCAGCCCACCCCUCGAUCCUCUCUCCAGCUCAACCGCCACACCAGCACGCCGAUCAAGCUCUCCGAUUCCAACAACACCAUCCAAUCCUCCUGCGCCGACUCCGACUCGUACGUCAGCAGCGAAGAGAGGCUCCACAGAUUGGAAGAACAGUUCGGCGUAUGGCCCGGCAAGGACUCCCAGGGCCAACCCGAAACUGAAGCCUGGAUCGCCCAAGUCCCUGGCGUCCUCUAUCGGAGCGUGCUCGUCAACGGUCUCAUCGUACUCACCGAUCGCAGGCUGUGCUAUCUUGCAUACCUGCCUACGUUUGACAAGGGCCAGAUCAUCCGCAGCGGGCCAGCUACCGUCAAAGCUGACAGCCGGUUCAACAAACGCCGGAGGAGAUGGGUCGAAUUAAGAACAGAUUCAUUAACCGAAUACCGCUUGAGCACCGAAUUAUUCCGCCCCUUGUCAUCUUACCACUUCUCGGAGAUCCAAAGAAUCCUGCCCAUCAGUUCCGGACAAUCCAGAACACUAUCCAUCAGGCUUCUGGAUGGUCGGCUGGUCGUGGUUGAAUUUGAUACCUCUGAAGCAGCCGACCUAUGGCACCAAGACUUUGUCCGGGCCUUAUUCAGCUUCAAGACCGACUACUCCAACCAGAUCAGGAUGAUGCUCCCACUCAGCCGGAUCAACAGCGUCCACCGCGAGACGUUUGAGAACAUCGCCAAGAUGAUGGUCUUCGAGGUCGACUGUGCACCCUCCUUCUGCGGCUCCUCCAAGAGUGACGUCAUCGAGCAGCAAUCUGACCAUCCCAGCAGCCCCGAACGGCCAACCAUCGAGCUGUCCUACUAUCUCAAACACGACCCCUUCGACGACACUGUCAUCGCCGCCAUCACCCAGGCCAAACUUCACGCGUCUGGCCACCCUUUCCCCGAUUCCACUCCAGCACCGCUGCUCGAACUUUUGGACCAUUCGUCGGCUGAAGACGAGGCUGAGGCCGAGAAUAAUACCGCCGGGAAACCUGACUCGAAUAAUUCGAGUAAUAGCAAGUUGGCCAAUCGAUUCAUCAAGGCCUUCGGCUUGGAUGCGUCCGAAAAACUUACUGUAUACACGUGUGCUUUGCUGCGCACUUUGCCAACUCUGGGCCAUAUGGUCCUCAGCAAUGACUACUUUUGCUUUUGGCGGAGGGGUACAGUGAUCACUCAAGAUUAUAAGCUGAGGGUUCCGAUCAAGGACAUUGGACAAGUCCGGGAAGCGACUGCAUUCGGACUGACGCGUUUUGGGAUCGCGAUCGAACUAGCAGGAGCGCCGGACAUCCGACUGGAUUUUUCAUCCAGGUCGACGCGGGAGGAAGUCGUGCAAGCCCUCGAAGAACAUGCCCAGGCGGCGAAGGCGGAAGAAAAGCGGAUCAACAGACGGCUCAGUAACAUGCCGAUCCCCAAACCCCUAGGCCAGAACACCGAACAGUUCAAGCUCAGCUCGCCCGCCCUGAAGAAACAGAGGCCGGUGGUGAUCGACAAGCAACAGGUCGAGAGACCUGUUAAAGCUAUGAAGAUCAUCUGUCUUGCCAUCGGCUCCCGUGGCGAUGUCCAGCCGUAUAUCUCUCUCGCCAAACGGCUCAUCCAGGACGGCCACACCGUCACCAUUGCAUCUCAUCCUGAAUACCGCCCUUGGGUCGAGUCCUUCGGCAUCCGCUACAAGGACGUUGGAGGAGACCCCGCAGCGUUGAUGAAACUGUCGGUUGAGCAUCCAUUUUUCAGCACCGGGUUUUUCAAAGAAGGGCUCGGUCGUUUUAGAACCUGGCUGGAUGACCUCUUCAUGGACUCCUGGCUGGCAUGUCGAGACUCUGAAGCCGAAUUGCUGAUCGAGAGUCCUUCGACGUUUGCUGGCAUUCACAUCGCCGAGGCUCUUCGGAUUCCCUACUUCCGGGCAUUCACGAUGACCUGGACGAGCACGUCGACAUAUCCUCAAGCGUUUGCCUCGAAUAUCGACCUGGGACCGUCUUACAACCUUCUGUCCUACUCGCUCUUCGACAACUUGAUCUGGCGUGCCAUGGCCGGCCAAGUGAACCGAUGGCGGAAACAGACCCUGAAGAUCCCGUCGACCUCGUUGGAGAAGAUGCAGCCGUACAAGGUCCCGUUCCUGUACAACUUCAGCUCGGUGGUCGUCCCGAAGCCGCUGGACUGGCGCGACCAUGUCGACGUGACCGGAUACUGGUUCCUGGACCAGUCCCAUGGGGAGUACGUCCCGCCGGCCGACCUAGUCGCGUUUAUAGCGACAGCUCGGAAGGACCAGGUGCCAUUGAUCUACAUCGGCUUCGGCUCCGUCACCGUCUCCGACCCCACCGCAGUCACCAAAGCGAUCUAUGCGGCCGUCACCCAGGCCGGUGUCCGAGCUAUCGUGGCCAAAGGAUGGAGCGAACGGGGGAACACUAAAACCUCCCUUGAUGACGCCCCCAUCGAGCCGCCCCCUCAGGUCUAUGAUCUCCAUUCCGUCCCCCACGAUUGGCUCUUUCCCCAGCUCGAUGCUGUCUGUCAUCACGGCGGAGCAGGGACAACCGGGAUCUCGUUGAGAUAUGGCGUGCCUACCUUGAUCCAUCCUUUCUUUGGUGACCAACCAUUCUGGGCUGACCGGGUGACUAAAUUAGGAGCAGGGAUGCGUGUGGAUUCGUUGACGACACAGAGCCUGUCGGAUGCCUUCAUGAAAGCGACGGGGGACCGAAUCAUGAAGGAGAAGGCGAGUCAAGUGGGGGAGAAGAUCCGGGCGGAAGACGGGCCGACGCGAGCGGUGAACUUCAUCUACCAGUACCUGGACUUCGCCCUCGAGCGAACCGAACAUCGGGUCGCGCGGACCUCGCGCAAGAAGCGGUGGGUGCCGAGCGUGUCGGCCUGUACGACCAGCCAGCCGGCGGCCAGCGUUGACGGCUCGCACCCCGAGCUUCAAGAGAGCCCAUCCUUCAAGAAGACCGAGCUCCCGCUCCCCUCGUCUUCUUGUCUCGAGAACGAGCACCCCAACCAGCCGGCCCUCGUCGGCCUGCCAGCAGACGCCCUCCCCGCCCUCCCCUCUCCCCACAAGCCCGGCGGCUCUGAGGACGACCACGAGAGUCCAGACCUCCAUCGCAAGAAAUCCACGACCGUCGGGCCGCUCAGGUCCUACUCCCAUCUCAUCAAGAUCCCCGACGCCAUCUCCCCCGUCAAGUCCUGGUCCAAAAUCAAAAAAAUCUUCCUACAUCCGAAAGUCAUCCAAAACGUCAGCUGA